CGCGACUUGCGUUUGCUAAGCAACAAGACGCCAUUGACAAGCAGAAAAAUGACAGGUGAAAAGGCUACGAUGGAUGCUCCUCAGAUAUAUGUGGAAAGAACUCUUGCUAUUGUAAAACCCGAUGCUAUUCACAAAUCAGAAGAAAUAGAAGAUAUCAUCUUAAGAUCAGGAUUUGCCAUUUUGCAGAAAAGGCGUGUACACUUAACACCAGAACAAGCUAGUGAUUUUUACGCCGAGCAUUAUGGAAAAAUGUUCUUUCCAAGUCUGGUUGCUUACAUGAGCAGUGGACCAGUAUUGGCCAUAGUGAUAGCAAGAGACCAGGCAAUUUCAUAUUGGAGAGAAUUAAUUGGACCAACCAAUGCUCUGAAAGCCAGACAGACUCACCCUGACUGUUUAAGAGCUGUGUAUGGAACAGAUGAUCAGCGCAAUGCCCUUCACGGCAGUGACAGUUUCUCUAGCUCUGAGAAAGAAAUCAGGUUUUUCUUCCCUGACAGUGUUAUUGAGCCAGUUCCUGUCGGACAAGCAGCCAAAGAUUACCUGGCUAAAUCUGUCAACCCCUGCCUGCUGAAGGGACUCACAGAACUCUGCAAACAGAAGCCCAUUGAUCCAGUGAUCUGGUUGGCUGAUUGGCUACUAGAAAAUAAUCCCAACAAACCCAAAGUCAGACAAAUGGUUGUUCAGGAGCCAAACUAAGAGAAAAUAAACUGUUUUUUUUUAAUGAUAUAAUAAUCAUUCGUAAUGUCAUUUUUGUCCUGUGAUAUUUCAUAUGUUCAUUAACUAUACAUGUACAAUAUACAUAUGUUGUAAAUAAAUCAUUAUUAAUUGA